CUGCGGCUUUCACUUCCGGCUGGGAAGGUUCCGCGCGCUGCGGCCGGUUCCGCUUCCGGCGAGAAGCGCCUGAGGGAGCUCGGCCCGGCCUGGCCGCGCCACUCGCAGAGGUUGCAUCGUCCGUGUCCGGGAUGUGAGCAGCCUGGAGAUGGGUGAGUGAGCGAGCGUGUUCCCUCCGUGCCGGGUUGGAGGGUUUGCGCUGCCCGAUGUGCGAGCCCAGCGGGGAAUAUCGUUCAGCCGCCGGCACCCGCUGUGGACCUUGCAUCCGCGUAACGUCGCCUAAAGAAUCGGUUGAAUGAGCGGCUACCGAGAAACGUCCGAUCAACAUGAUCAGUAUCAAAGUGCUGUUGCAGUUUGUCGCAGAGACGCAAAGGGCAGGACUGCUAAAAGGGUAUACAUUGGUGAGAAAUGUGUUGAAGUUCAAGGGAUGAAGUGGGUAGGAGUGGAGAACUGAGCACAGGAAUAUAAGACGAUAAAACACCAGGUGAGCGUGAGAUUGAGACGCCUUCAAUUUCUCUCAAUAAGGCUUGCAUUUCUUCACGUGAGCCUUGCGCAGACUAAUCGCUUCCUUGUUCUUAACAAAGUUUCCUGAUAUUCAGCCUGUUUCACUUCUCCUGGUUCUGUCCCCUGGCACCAGUCUGAAGCUUCCUCUCUCUUCCUGGUGUUUACCUCCUGUCUGUAGUGCCUGGAGGUUCCUCCUGAGAUUAGGACCUUUGUGUUUUAGGAGUAUGAUAAAAUAGAAAUGAAAUGAUAGGGAGGAGGGAGCAGAGACUACGAGAGAUGCCCAGAGUUUCACAGGAGGUCAGUGACGGAGCCAGGUAUAGAAUUGAGGACUUUGCACUUGCAGCUCAGUGCUUGAGACCGUUGCUUGUGUCCUGGUGUGUACAUGGUCUUUGGCCAUGUCAUUACUUCAGUGUGUUAGACGUUAACGGCUUUCUUGCCUCUCUCCUUUCCAUGCUGCUCGAGUGUGUGGGGAGCAUCCUGUGGGCGGCCAUGGACACUGUCUGUUUCCUCAGAUGAGUUUGCUGAUCCUAUGAGGAUGGAUGCCGGAGAUGCAACCUUGGCUAACCACGGCUCCACGUUCAAGGCCUUCCCACCAUCACAGAGGGCAGUUUUGGGGGAUCAGCUUUCGCUGCCUGGAACCAAGUUUUCACCAAACAAGCUUGGCAAUUCGGAACAAGCUUUCACGUGUCCAGCUGGAGAUGCGUCGUGCAGCCCGAGUUACUACCCAGAAGUUCCAUCCUCAGAGAGUUACCGAGCACCAACAGAGCCUCAAAUAUUUGGACUAAGUGCCAAUGGGCAGUGGAGGGUUCCCAGCCUGGGUCCCGCACUUCAGAAAGCUAGGACGAGCCGGGGCUCAUAUCUCGAAGCCCGCAAGACCCCAAGUGGGUCAUCCAAUAGCUUUGUAGGAAAGUCAAACCAUCAUUGUCAUGCAUCUGCCUAUGAGAAAACCUUCCCAAUCAAACCUGUUACGAGCCCCUCGUGGAGCGGCUCAUGUCGUCGGAGCCUGUUGAGCCCAAAGAAGAUCCCCCGGAGGUUCAUCAGCACUGCAGAAGAGACUGUUCGGGAGGAAGAGCGAGAGAUCUACAGGCAGCUGCUUCAGAUGGUCACAGGAAAGCAGUUCUUCACGUCCAAACCCUUCUCGCAUUUUCCCUUCCUCCCGUCCAGGUGUGUGAAUUCCAAUAAAACCGUAGUGAAAGAAGCCUCGAGCAAGAAUGCAAAGCUGUUCGAAACAUACAGCAUCACUCCAGCCAGCCAGCCCACCAGCAUCCUGAGAACACAGGAGCAGCCGUCACACGAACCACCCUCUUACCCUGUCUCCAGUUAUCCUUCCAGCACCUUUGAGUCCAGUAAUACCACAACCCAGCAUCAGCAAGACAAUUUACCAGCAUCUAACACUCAGUCAGAAGGCUCAGACUCCGUCAUCUUGCUCAAGGUAAAAGAUCCCAGAACUCCAGCGCUGAGCCCUCCCUUCUUCCAGGCAGAGUUGUGGAUUAAAGAAUUAACCAGCGUCUAUGAUUCACGAGCCCGGGAGAGGUUACGACAGAUAGAAGAGCAGAAAGCUUUGGCCUUGCAGCUACAGAGCCAGAGAUUGCAGGAGCAGGAACACUCGGUGCAGGAACAGGUGGACUUGCAUCUUCGAGUGCCUCUUGAGAAAGAAAUCCCAGUCACAGUUAAAGAGGACACCAAGUCAGCUGAUAAUGAGAAGGAAUUCCCUGAGAUCACAGAGGAAAUGGAGAAGGAAAUAAGGAGUGUCUUCCGCGGCGGGAACCAGGACGAGGUCCUGAGUGAGGCUUUUCGGUUAACAAUCACUCGGAAAGACAUUCAGACCCUCAACCACCUGAACUGGCUUAAUGACGAGAUAAUAAAUUUCUACAUGAAUUUGCUGAUGGAGCGAAGCAAAGAAAAGGGGUUACCAACAGUUCAUGCAUUCAACACCUUCUUUUUUACCAAAUUAAAGACUGCUGGGUACCAAGCUGUGAAACGGUGGACUAAGAAAGUGGAUAUCUUCUCUGUGGACAUUCUCUUGGUGCCUAUUCAUCUUGGAGUCCAUUGGUGUCUAGCCGUUGUAGACUUCAGGAAAAAAACCAUCACCUAUUACGAUUCCAUGGGUGGAAGAAACACAGAAGCCUGCAGCAUACUGUCGCAAUACUUAAAGCAGGAAAGUCUGGACAAAAAACGGAAAGAAUUUGAUGAUAAUGGCUGGCUUCAGCUGUGCAAGAAGAGCCAGGAAAUCCCUCAACAGAUGAAUGGCAGUGACUGCGGCAUGUUUGCCUGCAAGUAUGCCGACUGCAUCACCAAAGACAAACCCAUCAACUUCACUCAGCAACACAUGCCCUACUUCCGGAAGAGAAUGGCCUGGGAGAUCCUACACCGCAAACUCCUCUGAUGACCUCGCAUCAAGAGGCAGCUCCCUGGGAGUUCAUAUCGGAAAUGCUCAGACUUGCCCCCUUCAGCAUUCUCAGCUUUCGCCGACACUUACACGGGUUUUUAAUCAGAGACAUCUUAAAGGACUCAGUAUGGUAUUUUUGUAACCUCCAUUCAUGGACCAAUGUGCAAUGGAGACUUUCAGAAGCACACUUGCCUUUUUCUUUUCUUUUCUUGUUUUUCAUUCUGAAACAGAUUUUUUUAAUAAGCAAUUGCCAGUGCUGUGACUGAGUGGGCAGCUUGGGGAACCUUCAAGGACCUUCUCUGCUAUUUUAAGAUCUCUCGCUGUCAGUCUCAAAGGGCUGACUGCUUUGCUUCACAGGGAUUUCAGGGAAGGGAAAAGCAUUUACGUGGAUCUCAACAUUCCCACAUGUGGGAAAUCCUCAGCUUUGAAUGUCUAGCGAGCUGGGCAGUUGCACAGUGGGUGCAGGGGUGAUUAAGGGGGGUAGGUUUUCAAUAUGUGGAGAUGGCUUAUCCUUAAGUACAGGAGGAAGCCCUAUUAGAAGCCAGCACACUGAGCAGGUGCUCUGUGGCCACUAAAUGGCUAGGCUGGUAGAACCGAAAGAAAAAAAAAAAA